AUGAAAACGAAUAUUUUUAUUUUAAUUGCAUGUUUAAGCGUUUGUCAAGCUGGUUCGUUUUGGGAUGGCGUGUUUACCGCGAUAGACACGAUAAAUCCGGUCAGAAUAGUGGAACGUACUAUUGAAGACGACGGGAAAACUCUCAACAAUGUAUUGGAUACAAUAAAUCCAGUUCGUAUAGUACAACGUACUAUUGACGAUAAAGCUGAAACACUCGGACGUGUUUCUUUAAGUAUUGGCGAAUCGAUACCAUUAGCUGGUCAUGUAAUAGCCGGAGUACAAAAAAUUAGAGGCGAUGAUGAUGCGGCAAAACGCGCUUUUUACAGAGCGAACAGCGUUUCUGCGGCUAUUGCCGGCGGUGCUGUUGGCACUUUAUGUGGCCCGGCUGCAGCGGCAUGUGUACCAGCACUCUCUAUGGUCUCUCAAACUGCGAUGGACGGCUUAAAUUCGCAUAUUGAAGACGGAAAUGUUGAAUAUUUAACAAAUUUAGCUUAA